GAUCUAUAAUUGGGAAACAAACCAAGAGAAAUUUUUACAAAAAACUUGGCUAAUCGUUUAAGUUUUGUGUCAUUAACUUAUCGAAUCGUUAUUAGUGAUUCUCAUACACUAACAAUUAUAAUUUUGCUUUAGUUGCAAAGUGACACUAGACAUUAGUGCUGGUGUGAUUCAUUCCUCUCAAGCGCCACUGUGUCAGUAGAGGAAGAGACCAAAACCAGAGUGGAUUUCAGUUUCACUGAAACAAACUGCUCUAUCACCAGUCCUGAUGGAUGGACACAUUAACCUGGAUCACACGACAUUGACAACACCUUCCGGCCCCGGUGUUACUGGCCUAGCCGGGCAGAUUCCACGGGGUACCGGCUCUGAACCGGACGCGGUAGAUGGACGGGGUACGAAGCAGAAGCGAUGGCAAAAGCCACCUGAAGAAGCAGGAGCUCGUACAUCAUACGGGACUACCGAUGGCCUCCCGCAAGUUACGAUUCGUGACCCGAAUAAUCGAACAGCUGGAAACCGAGCUGGGCCAUCAUCAACAGCAGGUCAAUCGCAAACGCCGGGGCGAGGUGGUCCUCCCGAUUCAGCUUCACACCAGCGGGAGGAAGAAGAGGAAGGACUGAAAUAUGGUGCCCAGCACGUGAUCAAGCUAUUUGUCCCGGUCACGUUGUGCAUGCUGGUCGUUGUGGCCACCAUUAGUUCGAUCAAUUUCUAUUCCACCAAAGAUGUGUAUUUGGUGUACACACCGUUCCACGAGCUGUCCGACGAUACCGGUACGAAAAUUUGGAACGCAUUGGCCAACUCGAUGAUCCUGAUGACGGUAAUCGUAAUCAUGACAAUCCUACUGAUCGUGCUGUACAAACGGCGCUGCUAUAAAGUGAUCCACGGGUGGCUGAUUAUGUCCUCGCUGAUGUUGCUGUUUUUGUUCAGUUAUCUUUACUUAGAAGAGGUUUUACGAGCGUACAAUAUUCCGUUCGACUAUCCGACGGCACUGCUAAUGAUGUGGAAUUUCGGUGUGGUUGGAAUGAUUUCCAUUCACUGGCAGGGUCCGUUGCGGUUACAGCAGGGCUAUCUGAUAUUUAUUGCCGCCCUAAUGGCGCUGGUAUUCAUCAAGUACCUCCCCGAAUGGACUACGUGGGUUGUGCUGGCGGUUAUCUCAAUAUGGGAUCUGAUAGCAGUGUUGACCCCAAAGGGCCCACUACGGAUACUGGUUGAGACAGCUCACGAGCGUAAUGAACAAAUUUUUCCGGCUUUAAUUUAUUCUUCAACUAUAAUGUAUUCUUAUAUGGGAGCACAUGCCGAUCCGAGUGAGGAAGCACUGACACGGUCAACGGGAAGUCUCAGCGGAGAACGAGCGAUAGGAAGCGGUGUGACUAGCUACGGAUCGACUGGAGUGCCCGUACAAAGCUCACAGCAAACAUCGGAUAAUGCUGAAGGUACGCCAAUGGUCACGUAUCGCGUUAAUGUUGCGCCGCGCAAGACGGAACAUACUUCCUCCGUUGCAUCCAAGGAUCCGUCCGGUGGAUUUACUCAGGAGUGGGCCUCGUCAUCACAGCAACGAGUUACCCGACGACAGAUUGAAGUACAAACCAAUAUUGCCAACAAUCCAAGCCGUCCGGAGUAUCGUACUGUAACGGCCGAUACCGAACGUAGUAACGUUUCGGAUAACCGAGGUACCGGAGAUUCGCAGCAAGUCCCACUGUACGAACAGGCAGAAGAGCGUGGUAUAAAGUUAGGUCUUGGAGACUUCAUCUUCUACUCAGUGUUGGUAGGAAAAGCAUCAAGUUAUGGUGACUGGAAUACCACGAUAGCCUGUUUUGUAGCAAUCCUUGUGGGACUGUGCCUAACACUGCUGUUGUUGGCAAUCUUCCGGAAGGCGUUACCCGCUCUGCCGAUCUCAAUCUUUUUCGGACUGAUCUUUUGCUUUGUGACGAGCGUGAUCGUUAAACCGUUCACCGAAGCUCUCGCUUCAGAGCAAGUUUUCAUUUAGUGGUUAGCACUGUAAGCCCCAUUGGUUUAUAGCUACAGUUGCUUACCUUAAUAAGGAAAAAAGUGCCGUGCGCUAUCAAUCAAUUCCAUUUUUAUGAACUUCUAAUCCAAUUGGAUUGGUGUGGUAAAGCGAACUUUUAUAUCGCAGCUGCCGGUCUUUUUAAUUAAGCAACUAAACUGUUAUCGUAAUGCUUUAUAAAACAAAUAUCUAACUUAUUGUCUAAUCUCUUACCCAUUGCUUAAUAUAAAAGAUCUACAGGACAGGAUCGAAAUGACUAUAACGCGUAAAGAUUAGCUAAAUAUUAAAUUCCAUUAAUAAUUGCAUCUUUUAGUCUACUAUCAAGAGUUUUGUACAACAAAUCAUUUGAAUAAA